AUGGGAGACGUUGCCGUGGAGAGCCCGGCGAACAGCCUCACGCCUCUUCCCAAGCCAGGCGCACUGGACGCCCUCGCCAAUUUGGAUUCCCUGGAAGGAGCGGGCGCUGAUGGGAAUGACGAAUACGCUACCCUCAAGCGGUUACAGAGACACCUAGAAAGUAUGCGUGUUCCUUCACCAGAUGAUGGAUCCACGUUGCUAAUGUGUCAUUCUGCUAGUACUGGUAUCGUGCAAAGCUCAACCGGAUCUAAUUACGUUGUUCGCAUCCUGUCUACACUCGACCGUGAGAAGUUGAAGCCAUCGUCAUCGGUCGCCCUGCACCGUCACUCCAACGCCCUCGUCGAUAUCCUCCCCCCCGAGGCCGACUCCUCCAUCGCAAUGCUCGGUGAUAACGAGAAGCCAGAUGUGACCUAUGCCGAUGUUGGUGGCUUGGACAUGCAGAAGCAGGAGAUUAGGGAAGCUGUCGAAUUGCCGUUGACACACUUUGACCUUUACCAACAAAUUGGUAUUGAUCCUCCCCGCGGUGUUUUGCUGUAUGGUCCCCCCGGUACCGGUAAGACCAUGCUUGUCAAGGCCGUGGCCAACAGCACAACCGCCAGCUUCAUCCGCGUGAACGGCUCCGAAUUCGUACAGAAGUACCUGGGUGAAGGACCUCGAAUGGUUCGCGACGUGUUCCGGAUGGCACGCGAGAACUCACCGGCCAUAAUCUUCAUUGACGAAAUCGAUGCCAUUGCCACGAAGCGUUUCGAUGCUCAGACCGGUGCCGACCGUGAGGUGCAGCGUAUUCUGCUGGAGUUGCUGAACCAGAUGGACGGUUUCGAACAGACUAGCAACGUCAAGGUCAUCAUGGCCACCAACCGAGCGGAUACUCUCGACCCUGCCUUGCUUCGUCCUGGUCGUCUGGAUCGCAAGAUCGAAUUCCCCAACCUGCGCGAUCGACGUGAGCGCCGUCUCAUCUUCACCACCAUCGCGUCUAAGAUGUCUCUAUCUCCGGAGGUGGAUCUCGACUCCCUGAUCGUCCGAAAUGAUCCCCUUUCUGGUGCCGUGAUUGCUGCUAUCAUGCAGGAAGCCGGUCUACGGGCGGUUCGCAAAAACCGAUACAACAUCAUCCAGUCCGACUUGGACGAUGCCUACGCUGCCCAGGUGAAGAGUGGCCAGGAUGAUGACCGUCCCGACUUCUACCGGUAA